CCCCCACAAGCUCACACAAUAGCAUCACUAUAUUAUGGUCUUGAAUUUCCCCAAAGCUAAUAAGCAGCAUUUUGGAUGCGCAAUUAUUAUAUCCCCCAACCCAACAUCCAAGGCGCAGCAUUUGGCUUUAAUUCUCUCUCGCAUCGCAUGCAUCCCUUCCAAUAAUCAAAACAUGGGUAUGAAGGGGCCUUCCUUCUCCUCAUCUCUCCUCGACGCCAUCUACCGCUCCAUCGACGAGACCAACGCCUCCCACACACGAAACGCCGCCACAAAAGUGGAAGACGACAUCGAGAGCCUCCGCCGUGCCAUCGUCAUCGAGAAAUGGAUCGAGAAGCAGUACUCCAUGCCCCGCCACUUGGCCUCCAACUCCGCCUCCUCCACCGACUCCAGCGUCUUCUCCUCCUCCGAAACCGAUUCCAGAGGCAGCCCCAAAACCAGCAAGCCCAAGAGGGAGGCGAGGAAGACGUCGAAGAAGGUGAAGGAGCCCAUUUCACCAGGCGCCAAAAUCUCCAACUUCUUCAACUCCAUUUUCAGCCCCCGCAACUUCAAGUCCACUGACGAAUGGAGCUCCAUGAGGAAGUCCAGAUCAAUGAAGGACACGACCACGACGUAUACGCGAUCGUGCCUCACCAAGAACGCCUCCUCCAGACCCAAGAGGUCUGUGAGGUUCAGCCAAGAUGAGUUUGCCGUUGGCAGCCAGUUUAUCAAGAAAAACAUCGACAGUUUUCGGCAUUAUCAUCAUGAGAGUGAGCGGGAUUUCGAUGAUAUGAGCUGCGCUAGCUCCGAUCUGUUUGAGCUCCAAAACAUAGAGGAGGAGCUGCCCGUCUAUGAGACCACUAGUCUUGGUGGGAUGGUAAUGUAGCUUAAAUUCACCCAACAAUGCUAGCUUCUUGUAUCUCAAUAAUUAAGGAUUAAUUGUUGUUUCCAAACUCAUGACUAUGCUAUUCAAACUUCAUCUUACUAUCCAA